AUGGUCCGGCGGACACCACAUAAAUAUUUGUCAGCCAGUGUAAGUUCGCCAGAAAUCAGUGAAACAACCGCAUGGGAGUAUGUGAAUGCCUUUUACGAGAAUUGUUGGGAAGCCGACCUUGGGCUUAUCGACCGCACGGAUUUUGAAGCCCUUCUCAAAGCUCACUAUCACAAUCAGCUAUCAACUACUGGAGCUGCCUGGCUGGCCCUUCGAAACAUUGUCUUUGCUGGUGGUUAUCGGAGCUUACUCGCGAAAGACCCUAACGUCUCUUUCGCAUCGGCACAGGCUAAGGCAGGCCGCUUUUUCAAGACUGCGUUAUCGGUGUUUACAAGGCUUGUAUUACCGCCUUCAAGUUUGAUGGCCAUUCGAGCCCUCACACUCAUGGCAUGUUAUGUCGAAGGACUGGGCAACGCUCCUCUCAAGCGUCUUUUGUGCUCCAAUGCCGUCCAUCUGGCUCAAUCUAAGGGGCUUCACCGUCAGCCGGAUAAAGCAUGGGGGCAUUCUGAAAAUGAAGUCCUGAAGAGAAAUUGGCUUUGGUGGACGAUUUAUGCCCUCGAAAAACAUCUUGCACUGUGUGGGAGCCGGCCGUCUGCCAUUGAUGACGACAAUAUCAGUGCUCAAAUUCCAACAACCGUACCCAGCAGAAGCAACAUUCACUCACCAACCCUCUCUAUUGGCAUUCGCUACUCCAAAAUACACUCCCAGAUCUCACGUCAGCUGUUAUCUUUCAAAGCUCUCUCGAUGUCGAUGAAUGAGCUCAUCGGAUGCGUGAAUCACUUUCAUGCUCAACUCAAACAAUUGCUUGACGAAAUGCCUGCCGAGUUCAAGAUUGGUACGCUGGCCAGGCCACAUCAUUCGACUCGGCGCCUCAUCCACAUACUCUAUCUUCACUUCUCCAUAUAUGGGAGUCUCAUGGCGGUACAUGCGCAUUUCUUCUACCCUUGGAUGACGUCCAGAUUCGCCACGGACGGCUCUGACGCUGCUCUCGAAGCGCAGAUUGCUUCCUCGUCUAUCACUGUUGCUGAAUCGGCGCGCAAGAUAAUCCUUGCCAUUCGCCUUAUCAACACAAAUGUAACGACUCCGUCAUGGCUAGCAUUUUACUAUCCGAUCUACGCAGUUAUCAACCUAUUCAUCUAUGUUCUAAAAUACCCAACAUUGUCAACCGCAACUGCGGACCUGGGGCUUCUGGAUGUCUGUGCUGGGCAUUUCGGCUAUAUCGAAUUCCUCACCUCGUCGCAGGUGUCCAUCUCUUUGCCGAGAGAAGCAGCAAAUGUCGCCUCCAAGCUCGUCAAAGCGGCGAAGGCAAAGGAAUCUGAACCUACCUCAGUGCCAAGCACUGCCAUCUUUGAGCAACAAAGCAGUACUACUCCUAUGCUGCAUCUGAACGUCGAUACCCUCGAAUUUAACAAUGCACAAAGUGGCUCGACAGAUCUGGGCGAUGUAAGUCACUAUGGUUUCUCAACCAUUCUCGAGACAAAUUCUAACAUCUUCUGCUACUAG